AAAAGAAAUGAAAAACAUCAAUAAAUAAUGUGUAUGUUAUGUGAAGAUGUGAAUCAUUCUGAUUUUAAUUUGUAUUCAGUGUUUUCUCGUGCAGGUCAUUUCUAAAAUAUAACAAAUAGGAAUCCCCUCAUAGACGCGCCGCGUGUUCGACGCGUCUCCGACAGGCACGCGUGCGCGCGCUGCUCGUGCGUGUUUCUGCGUGACCGAUUGUUUGGAAACUCUGAGCUGAACUCAAGACUGAACUCAAGACAACUUCGUUCGGACCACCAGCACAAAAUGUCGCGAAUAUUAAACGCGUUUAACGCGCUCAUGAGGCGAGACUUCAGGAGAAAAACACUGCGCGUUUCUGCGCGGAGCUUCGCGACUGAUGACGGAGAUGGAGCUGCUGGUGAUCUGGGCAGGCGUCUGAAGGACAGCGCAGAGACGGUGGUCAUCGGCGGCGGGUGUGUCGGGGUCAGUCUGGCGUAUCAUCUGGCCAAAGCCGGACAGAAGGACGUGGUGCUGCUGGAAAAGUCGGAGCUGACGGCCGGAUCCACAUGGCACGCGGCGGGACUCACCACAUAUUAUCAUCCGGGCAUUAAUCUGAAGAAGAUUCAUUAUUACAGUAUCAAACUCUUCGAGCAGCUGGAGGCCGAGACGGGACAGGCCGUGGGCUUCCAUCAGCCGGGCAGCAUCAGAAUCGCGUCCACUCCGGUCCGAGUCGACGAGCUCAAGUAUCAGAUGAGCCGAACUCACUGGCAUCCUACGCCACAGUUCCUCAUCGGCCCGGAGAAGAUCCAGCAGCUCUUUCCUCUGCUCAACAUGAACAAGGUGUUGGCGGGUCUCUAUAAUCCGGGUGACGGUCACAUUGACCCGUACUCUCUGACGAUGGCUCUGGCGGCGGGAGCGCGGAUGUACGGCGCUCAGAUCUAUCCUCACGCUCCGGUCACAGGCCUCACGCCGACCACCGACGGCAGAUGGGACGUCCAGACUCCACACGGAACCAUCCGAGCCAAUCGCAUCGUCAAUGCCACAGGGUUCUGGGCGCGUGAACUGGGUCACAUGAUCGGUUUCCAGCACCCCACCGUCCCAGUGCAUCACCAGUACGUCGUCACGGCGACCGUUCCCGAGGUGAAGGCCCUGGAGACGGAGCUCCCUGUGAUCCGGGAUCUGGAGGGCUCGUAUUACCUGCGUCAGGAGCGCGACGGCCUGCUGUUCGGACCCUACGAGAGCGAGAAGAAGAUGAUGCUGCAGGACUCGUGGAUCAGAGACGGCGUCCCGCCAGGUUUCGGUAAGGAGUUGUUCGAGUCCGAUCUGGACCGUAUAAUGGAUCACGUGGAAAUGGCCAUGGAGAUGGUGCCGGUUCUGAAGAACGCUGACAUCAUCAACAUCGUGUCUGGACCAAUUACAUACACGCCAGACCUGCUGCCCAUGAUCGGGCCGCACCAGGGAGCCCGCAACUACUGGACCGCCAUCGGCUUCGGGUACGGCAUCAUUCACUCUGGAGGAGUGGGGAAGUUCCUCAGCGACUGGAUCAUGAGCGGCGAACCCCCGUAUGACCUCAUCGAGUGUGACCCCAAUCGCUACGGCCACUGGACCACCGUACCGUACGUGUGCGCCAAAGCCAGGGAAUCGUACGGCUUCAACAAUGUCGUGGGUUUUCCUAAGGAGGAGCGUUUCGCGGGUCGGCCGACUAGCCGGGUCAGUGGCGUCUAUGAGCUGCUGAAGGACAAAUGCUCUAUGGGUUUCCAUGCAGGCUGGGAACAGCCACAUUACUUCCACAAACCUGGAGACGACACCGGAUACAAACCCAGCUUCAGAAGGACUAACUGGUUCAGGCCGGUCGGACGAGAGUGUAAACUGGUGAUGGAGGGAGUGGGAGUGAUUGACCUUUCACCCUUUGGGAAGUUCAUGGUGAAAGGAGAAGAUUCACACCGGCUACUCGACCGACUGUUUGCCAACACACUGCCAAAGGUGGGCCAAACCAACAUCAGUCACAUGUUGACCCCGCGGGGGCGUGUCUACGCUGAGGUCACGCUUACCCAGAUCGCACCUGGAGAGUUUCUGCUCAUCACAGGCUCCGGGUCCGAGCUUCAUGAUCUGAGAUGGAUCGAGCGCGAGGUGUCUGAUGGCGAUUAUCACGUGAGUCUGUCUAACGUGACGGAUGAGAUCGGCGUUCUGGGCAUCGCCGGGCCGAAAUCACGGACGGUUCUUCAGAAACUGACAGAUGAAGACAUGAGUGACGCGGCGUUCAGAUUCCUGCACUGCAGAUCCAUUCAGCUGGCCGGCGUUCCCGUCCGCGCCAUCCGGAUAUCCUACACAGGUGAGUUGGGCUGGGAGCUGUACAUGGACAUGAAGAACAUGUCGGCCGUGUAUCAGGCGCUGAUGGAGGCGGGACAGGACCAGGAUAUCGAUAACUUCGGCACAUACGCCAUGAGCUCACUGAGACUGGAGAAGGGCUUCAGAGCCUGGGGAGCCGAGAUGAACUGCGACACGAAUCCUUUAGAAGCCGGUUUGGACUAUUUCAUCAAACUCAAUAAGCCUGCAGAUUUCAUCGGUAAACAGGCCCUGCUGGAGAUCAAGGCUCAGGGUUUGAGCCGUCGGCUGGCGUUCCUCACGCUGGACACGGACGACGUCGACCCGGAGGGCAACGAGACCGUCUGGCACAACGGCCAGGUGGUCGGGAACACGACGUCAGGAUCGUACAGCUACACCACACGGCAGAGCCUGGCGUUCGCGUACCUGCCCGUCCAUCUGAUUCAUGUGGGUCAGCAGGUGGAAGUGGAGCUUCUGGGCAAGAAAUACCUGGCGACGGUCACUCAGGAGCCGCUAGUCCUCACAGAACCCACCAGAACCCGCCUGCAGAAGAAGAGCAAGAGAAGCUGAAGACCAGAGGAACUGGACAUGACCUUCAUGACCUUUCAUAAACGCAUUCAGUGAUGUGACGACAGAAUCAGACUCAGUGUGAAGGCUUUGUCUACAAUGCGAACGUGUCCGAAAAUGAAAUAUUUUUUUUAAAUGUUGAAAUCUGUGUUAAAAAGCAUUAAUAAUUGAAAACACUGUGACGUUUUGCUGCUGCUGAAACAUUAUGUCUUAAUGUCCAGAUUCUGUGAAUGAUUUCUAGUCUAAGUAGUACAGUGGUUCAAAACUGACCUGAAAAUUAAUUCUUUCCUGAUCGUGUGAGAAUUUGAAUUUAAGGAAGUGGAAUUCAAAUGGAAUAAAGUUUAUAUAACUGCUA